CGUGAGUCAAAAUACAGAGUUGAAAUUGACACAGAAGAACAAUGACACAACUGACAGCGUCUGGGAAUGCAGGUGCAUUGUCACUCGCUCCCAAUAGCCGAAUACUCGCACCCGUUGCCCGCCGCAAACAUUCUGAUCACCUGAGUACCGCCUACCUGACUCUCAUGAAUGGAACGCCUUAUAAUUGGCAGCGUAACUAUUCACACUCCUAUCAAAUGGUUGGUUGGAAACAAGAGUCCCCCUUGUCAGUGAAGGCUGGCGAGGCAGUCCAAUUUCUCAUCCAGCCUAGUGAAGGCCUAUUUGACAGAUCAACUGACAGCGCCGGGGAACUUGUCUAUCAUCUGGAGGGAACAUCGACGCCAAUGGCCUUCGAGUUGAAAUACCGCCAUAACAAGCAGAAGUACCGGUGGGAGGCGCAGAUUACCUUCCGCGGGGAUCUCAUGUCUUCUCAAGCGAAAAAAGGCGCCACCACGAUGAUUGGCAACUCGCACACAUGGUUUGUGCCGCCUUCUCUCCCUGGGGCGUACGGCGGAACGGCCUUCCUCUUGGCUGGCACUGAGACAGAUGGCUUCAUUUCGACGACUGGUGUGGACAAAGCCGAUGGGGACGCUGGCUGGAUGCACAACAUGCUUCCGCAAAUUGGACAAAAGUCGUUACGCGAGGUCAUCGUCCCGCGUUCACACCACGCUGCACUCAAUGUUGCCAAUAGCACCAGGCUCGGGGUAUUAGGGAUCGAGAAAUAUGCAGUUACCCAGACGCGCUCACUGGCAGAGCAGCUGCGCCGUGAUGGCGUUCGUGUUCUUGACACUCGCGUGGCAAAGAUUUAUCCACGAGCACAUCGCAACAGUUCUUUUCCUGACGCGUUGUUCGCCGAGUUUCACGGAAUCAAAUCUGAUGCUGGCUUGCAAGGUAUGGCAGGAGAUACCCUGCCUCAUAUCAUAGACGCCAUCAACCAUUUCAACGAAGAAUACCCUGGGGAGCUGAUCAUCUGGGAGUUUCACCAAGAGACAUUCGUGCACGACGGGAGAGUUAGUAGCUCGCUUGCUACGGCGAUCACGCGCGAUCUGGAUGACCAGGAGAGGAUGGAGGUAUUCGACAUGCUCAAGCGCAACCUCAAGCACCGCGUGGACCUGCCCGCAAUUGCCGAAGGCGUGGAUGACUAUACCCAAAUUCCUCUUGAACGCUUCAUUGGAGACGGAAAGUCGGCAGUUUUGGUCAUCUUUGCCGAUGGUUGGAUGCACGCCGUGUCAGAGAAGGGCAUCCCGUUCGCUAAAGAGGGCAUGAUAACCCGAAGCAAGUUCCCCUACACUGGGCAAUGGGCAGACACCGAUCAAAUAGCCAAAAUGACGAGGAACCAGCUUACUCAACUGAAGAGACUGCGCCUCCAGCCAAAGGACAAGCUUUUCGACCUGCAGUGGAUUCUCUCGAUGGGCCCAUCGACGUUCCUUCGGAUGUCCGGCAAAGAUCUGAUUACAAUGGCACGCCAGAGCAUGGUUGAGUUCAGAAAAUGGGUCUGGAUGUACAUGACGACGGAGAGGUAUCCAAACUGGGUGACUCUGGACGGGCUGGAGAACGGCGAGAUGAAGACCUGGGCAAUGGCAGCCAACUUGUGCUUCGUGGCACGAAAGUGUGGCGACUGGGCGCUGGCGCCGAGGUCUGACAUGAAAGGGGGGAGCUGAGGAUGUUGGACCUAUUCUGCGAGAGAUCCGACAGAACACUACUUGGUGCACCCUAACGUUAGUUCAUUGAAUGGCAACAUGAUUGACCUGCUCUGAAGGCGGCGAAUUGUAUUUGUCUGAG